CAAGGGCGCACGCGUCGGGGCAACCCUUUGGGGGGAGUGAUGAUCCGUCCCGCGCCAAAAGAAUUCCCUAGUCCGACGACGCGUUUUGUUGAGAGGUGCCGCGCGUCCGCCGAAACUUUUUCGAGUCCGCUUUUUAUCAGCAGUGGCACGACCAUGGGCAAGAAGAACUCGAAGCUGAAGCAGGACACGAUCGACAGGCUGACCACCGCCACCUAUUUUACGGAAAAGGAGAUCCGGCAAUGGCACAAAGGCUUUCUAAAGGACUGUCCCAACGGGCUCUUGACGGAACAGGGGUUCAUCAAAAUAUACAAACAGUUCUUCCCUCAAGGCGACCCCUCCAAGUUCGCAUCGUUAGUGUUUAGAGUAUUCGACGAAAACAAUGACGGCUCGAUAGAGUUCGAAGAGUUCAUUAGGGCGCUUUCGGUGACGUCGAGGGGUAACUUAGACGAGAAACUUCAGUGGGCGUUCCGACUUUACGACGUCGACAACGAUGGAUUUAUCACACGGGACGAGAUGUACAACAUAGUGGACGCCAUAUACCAAAUGGUGGGACAGCAACCGUCGGAAGAUGAGAACACGCCUCAAAAGCGGGUCGACAAAAUCUUCGAUCAGAUGGACAAAAACCACGACGACAGAUUAACGUUGGAGGAGUUCAGGGAGGGCAGCAAGGCCGACCCGAGAAUUGUCCAGGCCCUGACCCUCGGAGGCGAAUAGCCCAUCGGCGGCGGCAUCGAGCCAGAGACGAUCUGACGUUUCUCGACUGUUUUGCUAAUAAUAAGGUUUUAACGAUUUGUAAAAUGUUAACGUGGCGUAGUAUUAAGCCCGACGAGGCCUUAGAGUUUCCGGGUAUUUGUAUAAAUAUGCCAAAAACAAAAAAGAAAAACGACCUCGUCUCUCUCUGACAUUGUGAUAAAAAUGUGUACAGUUGAACGCGUGACGUAGCUUAAGGGCACCGGGUCGGUGUUUUCUUCUAAUUGUUGUAAAUAAUGAAGCGAAAACGCAGGGGGUAUCGCGGUUCGAAAAGGGCGGAAAAAAUAUAGCUUUUAUUGUUUGCCGAAAAAGUUUUAUGAAAAAAUAAAAAAAAAAUAAAAGUAAAAAACUACGCAGAACGUGUGUUUAAAAGUUGGAAAGGUUUUUCCGCCAUCGGGAUAUCGGGGAAUCCUCUGCUCCAGUUUUUCGUGGUUUGUUUUUAAUCACUCUGUACAAAUAACGCCCUGAAUAAUACCCAUGAAAAGCUCGUAAUCUAAAGUUAACUUGGGUACACAUAUUUUCGUUAUUUUUAGCCCCUCCAUUCUGUCGCCGUCGAUACAUCGAAGUAUUGGCGAACUUUUAUAUUGAAAAAGUUUUUCCGACAGCGCAUAUUUCGGGUUCCGCGACUUGGCGCGAGAAGUGGCGUUAUAUUCCAUACCCAUCAUCUUUGCGUACAAAACACAAUAAAAAUAUGCUUAAAGUUAAUCAAAUAUUUAUAGUUCCGGUGCAUCCCCAUACGUAAAAAGGAAUGCCUAAAGGUACGCCCUUUUUGGACAAGUCCGGGAAUCUCCCCGUAUGUUUAAAACGAUUGUAUAUAAAAUCAAUUACAAACAACAAAAUUUAUUUAUUGUUACGCAUUGUAUAAUACAGGGCGCUUCAGAGCGCGUUGCGGGCGAAAUAGUUUUUAAACUUGAAUGGUGUAUAGAUUUUUAAAAGAUGCUUAACUAUAGUCUUAAUCGUCGGCCCUAGCUGGUCGAUUUUAAAAAUACGUCUUAUUCGAUACGCGUCCGACAGAAUUUCGGAAGCAUUUCCCUUUUUCGAGGCACCACAUACUAGUCUUAAGGCUCUCAAGUAAAAUAUGUGUGUGCGUUGUUAAGCAAUAUUUUCAUGCUCAAGUUACCCAUCAAAUUAUACCGUUUAGCAAGUUGGUAUUUAUUAUAAAAUUCGAAACUUUAGCUCUUUUGGUUUAAAACGUCGUCAUUGCCCAACAUUCGAAAAAAAAUUGAAUCUUAAGCACGAAAACGUUGCUAGUAGUUACAUUAUCGCGGUUCGGUGACACUCGUUUGAGUCGCAGAAUCGGGUUAGCAUAACUACUGUCGCCGGGCUUUUUUCUUUUCCAUCGUACCGAUGCGCUAAUGAUUUCGUUAAUAACUUUUCUGUGAUAAUUACAAUCAUUGUAUCGCAAUAACGGAAAUGCUGUGUCUUGAAUUGCAGUAGGCUGUUCUCGUUAUGUGUGUCGUUGUUUGUUUUUCGAAUAACCGCUGGUGUCGUUGUUACUGUAAUUAUUAAGUAUAUAGUAAUCAU